CCGCUCAGCACGAAUAUCUAGGGAAAUCUAAGGAAUAUUUUUAACUUCAGAGAGAGAAAAAGUGGCUCCGCAGGUUGGCAGCACUGGCUGUAACAUGUGUGCUGCUGUUUGUGUCAUAAGUGCACGUGCGUGAUGUUUUCCUCUAGGCAAACACCGCAAAAGCGUCCUAGACAAGAUGACAGCGUGGCAAGGAAGCAGAUUUACCCUAUAUUCUCUUCCGGAAGCUCUUCAAAGCAAACAACUAUUGUCCCUGUCACCCCUGCCGAGCCUUUAGACGAGUCGAAACCAACACCAGAGUUCAAGCCCUUGGCUGAGAAAAUGCGGCCCUCUUCCCUGGAUGAGUUCAUAGGCCAGAGUGGUGUGCUGGGUGACCAAAGCCUUCUGCGGCAGCUCAUCACCAGUAACCGCAUUCCCUCCAUGAUUCUCUGGGGACCACCUGGCUGUGGAAAGACAACAUUGGCCCAUAUAAUUGCGAACAAGUGCAAGCAGUCAUCAGAUGCAAGGUUCGCAACCUUGUCCGCAACUACGGCAGGCGUGAAGGAUGUCAAGGAUGUCUUAGAGAGAGCCAGAAAUGACCAGAAGAUGUUCAAGAAGAAGACCGUGCUGUUUAUUGAUGAGAUUCACCGUUUCAACAAGCUUCAACAGGACGUCUUUCUGCCAGCUGUGGAGUCUGGCACGAUAGUCCUGGUGGGAGCUACCACAGAGAACCCGUCCUUCUCCCUCAACUCGGCUUUGCUCUCACGAUGCCGCAUCUUACUGCUCGAGAAGCUCCCCACUGCUGAGGUAGCACUCAUUCUACAUCGUGCUCUGGCCCAUCUGGACGUUGAGCUUGUCUUCAAGAAUGACGAACCACGAAAGGACCUUCCAAGUGGGCAGCUGCUGAUGGAGGAGGCGGCAGUGGACUAUCUGGCGGCCAUGUGCGAUGGGGAUGCCCGCACCGCCCUCAACUCACUCCAGACAGCUGUAGAGGCACACCGCAGCAUGGCUGAAGGACAGCUCAUCACCGCCAAGAGCAUCAAGGAAGGCCUCAAAAGGACACACUUCCACUAUGACCGAGCAGGUGAUCAGCACUAUGACAUCAUCUCUGCUUUCAUCAAGUCUAUGCGAGGUGGUGAUGCCAAUGCAGCCCUCUACUACAUGGCACGCAUGCUGGCCGGAGGCGAGGACCCACUCUUCAUUGCACGCAGGCUCGUCAUCUUUGCUAGUGAGGACAUUGGUGUUGCCGACUCCCACGCACUUGUUCUUGCCAUGGCAACGCACGACAGUGUCAUGAAAGUUGGCCUGCCCGAAUGUCGGAUCAUGCUUUCCCACUGUGCUACGUACUGUGCAAGAGCACCCAAGUCACGCGAGACGUACAAUGCGUACGCACGUGCAGAAGAGGCUGUCCAGAAACAGGAGGGACCCCUGCCAGCAGUGCCUGUGCACUUGCGAAACCACGCGAGCCCUGGACAACGUGCAGAGGGACGUAGCAAGCCGUUUCUGCCUCAGCAGCUAGCGCACCUGGACUUCUUUAAGUAGCAUCCACGAAGAGGCAUAAUUUAGGAAAAGAGAGACACUGAGCGGACCAGUUAUCCAACACAGCUGUAGUUACUCACUGGUUUAUGCGUUUUGAAACUUUGAAAGUCUUGUUUGUGUAUAAAUGCGAUGUGUUGCUGUAGUUCUUAAGCUCGGGGCAGGAGGAUGGGUGAAGCCUUCAAAACAGGCAUGGAGGCUGCUAGCAACAAAUACUUUUCUCACUGCUGCAAGAUCUGGGCCUAACUGAUGUGUCUUGCAGCUUCAUGCCACAUGCUGCAGACCAUUCCUUGUUUGUUUGUUUUUUGUUUUGUUUUUUCACUGGGCUACCAGCAGCACUACUUACUAUUUUUUAAUAUUGCAGGGGUGUGAAACCUUGAACAUGCCAGUGCCGAAAUGCUUUACCAGCCUUGAAAUUUUUCCAGUUGCACUAAUUUUAGCAAUAGACACAACCUGCACUUUGGAAGGUUAUGUAAUACAAUCCUGGUGUGCACGAAAAGAUGGAAAAUGUGUAGGCACACUUCAUGUUGGGUGCCCAUAACCUCUGUUUUUUUAUUUUGCUAGCUGCUGUGUUGCUCAACUAAUAUGUUUCAAAAUUGACUCAUAAGCUUUGUGUAAAGUAUGCUGAUAUGUUGACAUUGUGCCACAGAUUUAUUCAAUGGAAAUAUCAGUCUUUUGCCUGCAUACGAACUCUUUCGAUUUGCCUAAGAAAGUCCAGAAGUUUUAGCAAUGCUCCUGAUUGUGUGGGUAUGGCCAUUUCCGGAUUAACAGCCACAACCCCACCAUAAAAAGAAAGAAUGCAAGAGAAUGGUUCUGGAAUUUCAACGUCUUGUUCUGUCGUGUGCAGAACACUUAAGUAAUUUUCAGGAAGUCUAGUAGAGCCAGGCAAAGUGCAAUUGGUGUCUGCUUUUUAUAAAACUAUCGAGGCAAGGCUAGCUACAUCGUUGAUCAAAUGAAAUUGCCCAGAAGAGGUUGUGGAGCAUCUGAGUGUUCACCUACUCAGGGUGUUAACCAAUGAGCUCAUUGACACCACAAAUUUAGCUACAUCGCCAAUCAAAUGAAAUUGCCCGAAAGAGGUUGUGGAGCCUUUGAGUGUUCACCUACUCUGUGUAUUAACCAAUGAGCUCAUUGACAGCACCGAUUGCUUAUUGACCAAGGAAGAUUGGAAACUUUUGUUCAAGGUUAACAGCUCUCUGGCACUCUGUAGAGCACCAGCCGAGUCUGCUCACGAGGUAGAACAAUCAGAUGAGAAACCAGAAGAAGUGGUAUGCAUUCUUAUUUUGGAAGAGGAAGUUUCUGGGAAACAUGUACAUUUUUGAUUGUUGGAAAUAAAUUAAUGAAUUAGGA